GUCCUACAUCUAUAGCUUUGUGUGUGCGUGUAAAAGUUUGAUUAAGUAAUUGGUUUUUGGUGAGGGCAGCCACUGGGUAACCACAACACGAGCAUUAGAUAAUAAAGAGUACGCGGCAAGGAAAGCUACUCUAAUGUUUAUAUUCACGUGUUAUUUUAGUAUGUAAGUGCGCUUCUGCUUAACACCAGUGUGCGCCAGUGUGCGGUUUAAUAUCGACACACACUGCACCCGAAUUAAAAAAAUCGAAACCAAAGCGCCUGUUUAACUUUCGUUUUCUCUUCAGUGCCUCGCUGGGAUGCGCCCUGAUGGGAAAGCUGCAGAUGGAUAAUGAUGGAGGAGGUGGAAGAUGUUGUGGAGGUGGUGGCCCAGGAGGCUUCCAUAAUUGUGGACAUUCUUUGUGGGCAGAAGGAUAAAGUUUUGGAGCAGAUCUAUGGCCUGUUGGAUUAUAAUACACAGAUCCAGCUCAAGCACCUGCCCAGUCUCAGACAAAAGGCAGUGGGCAUUGUGGAAUAUUUUAAGACCUCGAAUUCUGAUAAAUGUCGCAAGUUUCUCAGCAAUGUGUGGAUGUUUUGUGAGAAUAUUCCCUUGGACCUGGAAAUAAAGGUGUUGUCUGUAGCAGGAUGUUUAAUGGAAACAACAUCAAACCACAGCAUCUUUCCAGAUACAGAAAAUUCUCCCCGAUCACGUAAUGCAAAACGUGUAUGCUUAGAUCAGAUGCAGAGUUACACAAAGGCAGUGAAGGUGUUUCUGCAACAGAAAUUUGAGAGGGUGACAAAGGAUGUAUCCAAGGAGAUUUCCCUGGAAGAGACAUGGGUGUAUUUGAGGCACCGAAAUUCUGCUCGAGUGAGAGAAAAAUCUGGAUCAACUCAGGAGAGGGAAGAAACUUUAGAGCACAAAGAGUCUGUUGAGUCUCUUCUGAAGACCACUGGUCGAGUUGUGGUGUUGUUGGGUCAGGCUGGUUCUGGUAAAACUCUGCUAAUGCACUGCUUGGCCCAGCACUGGGCCCAAAACUCUUAUCCAUCUAUUAAACUACUCUUCCUGCUGGAGUUCCGGCAACUCAAUCUUGUGUCUCAGCCACUGUCCCUGAAAGACCUGCUGUUUCGAUUUUUUCUUCCACCCGAGGGAGGUGAUGAGCAAAGUGAGGCCUUGUUCAAUUACAUCCUCUCUAACCCAGAGGAAAUCUGCUUCAUAUUUGAUGGAUAUGAUGAGUUUGGGGGAAAGUUCACAGAUCCAGAGAAGCUUCCAAUUCCUUUAAGCCCCUACCAAGAGCUGCCGAUGGUCGAUCUCCUGUCUGGGCUUUGUAGCUACAAGAUCCUCCCUAAGUGCACUGUGCUGGUCACUUGCAGACCACGGGAUGUGAUUGAUCUGUUUGGAAGUUCAGCUUAUUUUGUUGCAGAGCUACUUGGAUUCAGUCAACAACAAGUCAAGGAGUACACUGAGGAGUACUUCCAAGAAAAAGAAGGUGAACUUAAAGAAAGGGCAGUUAGUUUGCUUUUGAGCAACCGUCAUCUACUCUUCAUGUCUCAUGUUCCUGCACUGUGCCACGUCUGCUGUGUCUGCUUAGAUCACUUUCUGUCCAAAGAAAAAUCACAGUCACCAGCAGAGCUCCCCACCUCUUUGACUCAGAUUUACCUUCACAUCUUAUCUGCCUUUCUAAAUCGUUGCCAGGGUACAGAAAACUGUGAAAAUACCACACCUUUACUACUCAGGUACAGGUCUCAGAUUGCUGAGCUGAGCAAACUUGCAGCAUAUGGGCUGGAAAACAGUCGCAUAGUGUUCCUGGCAAAGGAACUGUCUACAGAGCUGAUGAACUUUGGUGCCAAUGCUGGAAUUCUGUCUCGUAUGGAUCUCACAUGUGCGGAUGGAUCCCGAAGCUUGGGCUGUGCCUUCAUGCACCUCACCAUGCAAGAGUUUCUGACUGCUUUGCAUCUAAUGACAAGCACUGGCAUCCCAGAAUCAGAGCUCAAGAGAAAGCUCAAUCUGAAAAGCCGCUGGACCACCAAGACCGAUCCCAAAACCGUGUUCACGGAUUCCCUUCACUUGUUUAUGUGCGGACUUGCUGCAGAGGCCUGCACUUCGACACUUGCUCUGCUGGAAGGAAGCGAAGAUGCCGUGGCUUUGGUGAAAACCAGACAGGCUGCAGUUCUUAAGAUUUUGAAGGGCUUUGUGGGCACUGCCAGCCAAACAGGUCCUAAGAUUGUUGAGCUGUGCCGCUGUGUCCACGAAGCGCAAGACAUCAGCUUGGCCAAGAUCGUUGGUUCAAGAGCCAGGUUUGAGCUGCGCAAUAUUAGACUCUACCCGGUGGACAUGGACGCGCUGGCGUUUGUUACCUCAGCUGCUGAUCAGAUGGUCUGUCUGGACUUUGGUGGCUGCUCCAUUGAACUAGAAUGUCUGACCAUCAUUCCCAACUGCAGGACUCUGGAACAUGUCAUUUUUCGUAGUCGGAAGUACGAUGACAAGUUUGCUGAGGCCUUGUCUACCAUCUUGCCAGAACUCCAUACCCUGAAGCAGUUGGAGUUUAUCAGUGGAGGCCUCACUGAUACUGGCACUGAUAAACUCGUCAAGGCGUUGGCAUGCUGCCCACAGAUCACACACCUCGAUUUCAGUGACAAUUCCCUGUCAGACAAAAGUGUAAGAAAGAUUGCAGAUUUGUUCCCCAAACUGACAGGCAUCACAUCUGUCAGGUUGGGAAAGAACAACAUCACCAGAGAGGGAAUUUUUACACUUGUUGAAAAAAUGUCUGCCGUUCACAACAUUGCGAAAAUCCAUGCGAGUGGAAAAAAGGAAAUCAAUGUUCUCUUUACUUCAAACUCACAUACAGCAAGCACAAGUGAAAAUGACCUUAAUAUUGCUAAAGUCGGAUCAGAAAUAAGCUUGACCAACUUUGAUGUUAAACUGAGUCAUUUGGACAAUCUGUGCAGCAAACUCAGUGGCUGCUCCUCUCUGACUGUUCUAAAUUUGUCUAACAACACCCUUGGUAACAAAGGUCUGAAAAAGCUGCUCAACCUUCUGUCUAGGCACGAGACCAUUCAGGAAAUCAAUGCCAGUAACAAUGGAGUGGAUAUGGAUGGAUUAGUGCAUCUCUCAGCUUGUCUUCAUUCACAAAAAAACCUGAGAGAAGUAGCUGCUAGCCACAAUGGAGAAAAGAAGUUGAAUUUGAAGUUCAGUGGGAGCAGAGAUCAAGGAUCUGAAUUGCACCUUCAAAAGAAAUUCAGCUUAACCGAAAGUGAUGUCCAACCUGCCAGCAUGAAUAGGCUGUGUAAGAAUCUGGCAAAGUGCCCACAUCUAGUAGAACUGGACUUUUCCCAUGGAGCCUUACAGGAUGAUUCUGUUGAGAAGCUCCUGAUGUUUCUUCCACUAAUGAAGUCUCUCCAGGUGUUAAAUAUAAGUCAUGUCCAGAUGUCCACAGACGGUACUCUGUUAUUUUUACGAUUGCUUGCUGAUUGUCAACACAUCACAGCGGUAGAGCUCAGACCUCAGGGAGAAGCAGUAGUCAAGUUUCUGCAAGCCAAGACACAGGCAGCAACAUGCAAGCUUAUGCAGUAUGAGCUAAACAGUGACAAUGUGGAGAAACUCUCAGGGAUACUAGAACUCUGUCCUCACCUUGCUAAUCUGGAUUUGUCCAGUAACUUCCUUGGAGAUGAUGGUGUGAAGCGAUUUGUUGAUUUUCUACCCAGGCUACGGAUCUCCAACUCAGUGAGUCUAAACAACAACAGACUUUCCCAGCUUGGAGCUCUUUACGUGGUGAACUCAUUGAAAAUCUGUGAGAAGGUGGUUGCUGUGGAAGUCAGUCUUGGUGCAGAGGAAAAGGCCCUGAUUCGAUUUGGGCAGGAGAAUGGCACAGGCAAAACUCUGAGUCUAAAAGAGUGCAGUUUUGAGUCAGACCACUGGCACAGGCUUUUGGAAAUUCUCAGCAGUUGCAAGAGUCAAGUUAAACUACAGUUGUCAUCAAGUGCUUUGGACAAUCAAAGCCAACAGUUCCUACUGAGUAAAUUGGCCAAGCUGUCCUCUGUACAAACUCUAGAGCUAAGAAACAAUGGUUUAAAUGCUGAGAGGAUUCAGAAUUUGCUUCAGCAGCUCUGCACUGGAAAUGACUUUAGGACUAUCUGGAUCGAGGAGCCGUGGAUAAAAGCAGAAGAUGCUGUUUGCCUUGUGUCCAGCUGUCUGGACCUCAACCCACGCACAAAAGACAUCAGAGUUGAGAAAACAUGUUUUCGUGUUUCUCUUCAAGGCCUCCCCUCCUCUAGAGCUUUUCACAAAAACAAGGAAUUCUCUGCUGUGCGAUCCAUAAGCUUUGAUGACUGUGAAGUGGAGGGGCAGCAUUUGUCCUCACUGAAGUCAUAUGUACAGAAGUGUUCCUCCUUGCUGGAGCUACAUUUCUCUCUGUUGACAAUGGGCACAGAUGGAGCAGAGUUUCUUUCUUCAGUUCUGCCGUCUCUAGAGAAUCUGAAGAGCCUUAGUUUUAAAUCUAAAGGUGCCAGCAUUGAUGAAGCAGUAAUAUAUGCAUUACAGCAUACGCCAAAACACCUGGAAAGUCUGAGUUUGUCCAAUUAUGUAAUCAGUGAUACUGGAGCUGCAGAACUGGGGAAUGCCCUGCAAAGUCUGACGCAUAUACGAUCAGUCAAUCUCUCACACAGCACUGGCUGGACAGAAGCUGGAGGCAGUAAUUUGGUUCAUGGUCUGGUCAAGUGCCACUCUCUGGAAGAAAUCGGGCUGGACUCGCUACAACUAAAUGAAGAAAGCACAGUCUGCCUUGCCCAAGGACUUCGUUCCAUGACUUCGCUUAAGAAGAUCAGUCUGAAUAAGAUGGCCUUGGCCCCAAAGGAUGGCAGUGGAGUUCUUUGUGUGUUGGCUAGUCUGCAGGCACUGAGUAGGCUGGAGGAAAUAGAGUUGGAGGGGUUGAGAAUGGCUGAUCGAGGAAUGGAGGAGCUUGUAAAGUACAUCCCUAAGUGGACCACACUGAGGAAGAUAAAUCUGUCACAAAACUUGUUGAGUGACCAAGCUGGAGAGAUGCUGGUGAAGGCGUUGUCCCACUGCAAAGGACUGGAGCAGCUACUUCUCUUAGAAAACAGUCUUGGUCAUGGUUUUGCUGCUAAACUGGGUCAGAUUCUCCCAACUCUGGCCAAGCUGUCUGAACUGGACCUGUCUGUGAACCAGCUGGGUCAAAAAGGCUGCCUGAGUCUUUGUGAAGGUCUGGUCAGUUUGAAGGCACUGAAAAAGCUACGUUUGACCUCCAUUGGAACAUCAGACUUAACUGGUGUUGCUUCUUGUCUCAAACACUGCAGUUCUAUAGAAUUUGUCAGCUUGGCAUGGAAUAAGUGUGGAAAUGACGUGGCACUGAAACUGGCUGAAGUUCUGCCACAGUGCACUAAACUGAAAAAGCUUGAUUUGGAGGCCAAUAAUAUUAACACAAUUGGAGCUAAGGCCUUGGCAAAAUGCCUGGAAUCCUGCCCUUGGAUUGAAAUCAUCAGGCUUUGGAAGAAUCCCAUUGUAAAGGAUGACCAGAUUUUGAGAGACUGCAGGUUGAAUUUCUCCUUCUUUGAAGCACCUUUCUGAAAAUCAUUUGGGCAUGAGCUUAUUCUGUUUUCUUUUUUAUUUAAUUUGUUAUUUAUGAGUGUUUGUGUUGUGCAAGACAUGGGGGUAUUUUGUUUACAUAUGGAGAACACAUUACCUCACUUAAAAAACCAACAAAUCAAACAACACAGUUUAUCACAUAGUCCAGAAGGCAAAGGUUAAUGGGAGAUGUUUUCUCACUUAGAACCAUACUUUAAAGUGUUAACAGAUUGACACAAAUAGUAAUCGGUGUUGCCAAGUCUGAUCAUCUUUUCACGCAUUUUUUUUUUAUAAUCUUCUGUUUUCUCCCCAAAUUUAAAGCCAAUUUCCCAACCCCAUCCAUAUGAACUCCCUAUUAGCAGUGCUUUCUAACACACCAGGAGGGUGAAGGCUAGCACAUUCCUUCUCCAAAACAUGUAAAGCCAGCCACCUCCUCUUGUGGAACUACCACCGAUGCAGUUUCACUGGUGUGCUUGAAGGAAAGCACAGCUCCCCAAUUCUGCUACAACAGCUAAAAGAUGUUUGUGCUGAUCAGCAUCACAUCAGGAAUGCUGUGAUGUGGGGCGAGAGUGCCAUCUGCUCACCAGAGAGAGCAUGACCAAUUGUGUUCCUCAGUCUUUGGCUGCUGGUGGCGAAACAUCAUGAUCAGCAGCAUGAUCCGGGAUUUAAUCCUUGGAUCAUAGGGGCAUCUUAGUUUGUUAGACCACUUUGAGCCAAGUUCAUACAAUAGAUGAAAAGACAUGAUGACCCAUAUUUAUUUAGUGUUCCACAUUCAUUGACCUAUAUUUAGAAUUGCACUAUUUAGGUAUAUGGCAAGUUCAGAAUUAGCACACUGAUGAAGGUAGCUAAUAAUUAUCCAUCCAAAAAGAAGUUUAACCCCAUACAGAAUUCUUCCAUUAACCUUGCCUGGACAUCUUCCUUUUGUGUUCUCCUGGAACUCUUAUUUAUUCCUGGAUAAAAUUGUAAUUGUCUGUAUGUUUUAGGAAAUGUUCUGAAUUAUUUUUGUAAAGGCUGAAAAAAAGCUAAAAAAGUUAGCUUUGACUUAAACUGAACACACUCAAGAAUGCUGGUGGGUGUCACAUGUUUGGCACCUGGUCUGAAACUACAUUUUCAGCAGUUAAUGAACAUGCUAAUGCACAAUCUUUGCUCUGUGCUUAGCUAAUGAUUUAGUUCUUCUAUCUCUGUGGGAAGAAUAUACCAGCGACUGCCUUUCUUUAAUUCCACUUCUUUUUCCACUGCUGGUAGACAUCCAGCAUUUAUAUAUGUACUUAUUCUGUCUUUUAGUUAAUAUUUUUAGUGUGCAUAAUUACAUGCAUAAAAAGAAGCGCACAAUUUGUAUUAUAUUGCAUCAUACCACAGUAGUGUGUCAGUUUUAAAGAUACCUCUGAGUAUGUGUAAUGGCCAUUCUAGAGGAGCAGGAAGCAGGUGCAGAGAAAAGUCAAAGAGACAAAAGAAGUCAAAAUCACAGUCAUGAACUCCACUGUGGAGAUUCAUAUCAUUAGUAAAGGCAAAGCCUGGAAACAGUCCAAAAAGAAAAUGGCUCAGAAUGCUAAAGGUAUCAUGCAACUUAGAAUGUGCAAAGAACGAGUUUUCUAGAGAUUUUUAAAUACUAAGUCAUGGAGACUGAGCGCUGUAGCUGGAGGUUAGGAGGUCAGUGGUAAGAAGUGAUGCUAGGCUGAAUAGAGGGCUGCCUGAUUCUAUGUACUGAAAUACUGUGAAGUCCUGUAACAGAAAAUAUGAAGAAUAUGAAAACAUAUUACAAAACUUACCAGACUUUAAUCAGGUAAUUUUAAGACACGAUAAAAUGAUUUGGGCCAACAAAAUCUAUUUAUUGAGUGUUUUAUUUUUGAUGUAUUAACAGGUAAACAGUUCCCAUUAGUUACAUAGCAUAGCAUCACAUUCCUAUAUUUUUUGCACUGUAACAAAAACAGAGUAAUACAUCAGCACAUUUGUUUACUCAGUUGGUCACAUUAAAAAAAUGUCCCCUUGCUAAAAAGACAUGUAAGCUCUAUUCCAUGGAGUUAAUAUAAAUAAAAUAACUUUGAUAGGCCGUUGUUUUGCAUGAUUUUUAUGAAUUGUAAUGUGAGCUGGCUGCAUGAAACACAUUUUUUAAUAAUGUAAUAAAAUACUGAGAGACAAAAA